AUGUCGUUUAGGGUGGUUCGUAGUUCAAAAUUUCGCCACGUUUACGGGCAGGCGUUAAAAAGGGAACAGUGUUACGAUAAUAUAAGAGUGUCAAAGAGUUCCUGGGACUCUACGUUUUGUGCUGUAAAUCCCAAGUUUUUGGCCAUCAUCGUAGAGUCAGCUGGUGGAGGUGCCUUCAUAGUUCUACCUCACAAUAAGGUGGGCCGCAUCCCGGCUGAUCAUCCACUAGUGGGCGGACACAAGGGCCCGGUGCUGGACAUCGCAUGGUGCCCACACAAUGACAACGUCAUCGCUAGCGGCUCUGAAGACUGUGUCGUAAAGGUAUGGCAAAUCCCUGAUGGUGGAAUAUCAAGAACGUUAACGGAACCAGUAGUAGAUCUCGUGUACCACCAGCGUCGAGUCGGCCUCGUAUUAUGGCAUCCCAUCGCUCAGAACGUCCUGCUCACCGCUGGAUCAGACAACCAGAUUGCGAUAUGGAAUGUUGGUACUGGGGAGGUGCUACUCAGUUUGGACUGUCACCCGGACCUCAUUUAUUCAGCUUGCUGGAACUGGACAGGGUCGAAGCUAGUUACAACGUGCCGUGAUAAGAAGAUCAGGAUAAUAGACCCAAGAAAGGGCGAGGUAGAGUCGGAAGCGAUAGCUCACGAGGGCAGCAAAGCCUCCAGAGCUAUAUUCUUAAAACAUGGCCUUGUGUUUACGACUGGUUUCAGCCGAAUGUCGGAGCGUCAAUACACACUUCGUACCCCGGAUGCGCUCAAUGAGCCCAUAGUGACUGUGGAGAUUGAUACCAGCAAUGGAGUCAUGUUUCCACUAUAUGACCCUGACACUAACCUCAUCUAUUUGUGUGGAAAGGGAGAUUCUGUUAUCAGAUACUUUGAGGUGACACCAGAACCACCCUUCGUACAUUACAUCAAUACGUUCCAAACGCCAGAUCCCCAAAGAGGUAUCGGUAUGAUGCCCAAACGUGGAUGUGAUGUCGCCACCUGCGAAAUUGCUAAGUUCUACCGGCUCAAUAAUUCCGGGCUCUGUCAGGUGGUAUCGAUGACGGUGCCUCGAAAAUCGGAGCUGUUCCAAGAAGACCUCUACCCCGACACGUUGUCUGAUGAAGCCAGCCUCACGGCUGACGAGUGGCUCUCGGGAGAAGAUGCAGAGCCCUGUACCAUGUCUUUGAAGGAACGAGCGCUUGUCGUCCAGGGAGGAUACGUGAGUGGCCGAGCACAACAGCUAACUGUUACUAAAAGAACCAACGCCCUUGCCACCGGAAAGGACAGAGAGAAGGAAAAAGAAAGAGAAAGGGAGAGGAGAAGAGAUGAAGAAGACAAGGAUAAUAGAUCACCGACACCGCGAGUGGAUAGUAACGCUGGAACGCCUGCGUCUGCUACGCCGCCGCCUACUUUGAAUCCUCUUGUUGAAAAGCAACUAUCCGACUUAGCCGACGAAAUACGUAAACUGAAAUCGGUGGUCGUCAAGCAGGAAAACCGUAUUCGCGCGCUGGAAGCGACGGUAAAAUCUUUAAUACCACCCAUACCUUCUCCUGCCCCUGAUCAGCCAGACCACAAUCACGAAGAGAAUAUGGCGCCCGAUGAAGUGUGA